AUGAGCCUCGUGAUGCCAACAUUGGUUUCUGAGCACAGCGACCCAGAGAUGUACGUUUUUGAGCCCAGGAACCCUACUGAGAUCGUCUCAGACGCUCCGGGCAAUAUCUUUAACACCGUUCUAUACCCCAUGGGACAGACGAUACCGAUAUUCCACAUCGGGGGAGGCCCGUCGUUCGUGUCUUUGAUGGACGUCAGCGACCCGCCGAACCCCCUACCGGUUGCGCUCAUAGAGCUGUCGGGCACCCGUUGGGGUGGCAGGCGUGAUGCCUCUAUUAUCGCUGAGUUCAUUGAAUGGGAUAUGCAACUCUCGAGUCCUUCAGUUGAUCUCUACCAAUUCGAAAGAGACGUGACCAAUCCUGGAGAUGUCUCGGAUCGAGAGACGCUUAUCCAUUAUUCAACUUGGUGGGCGCGAGAGCUCGAACACAGGAAUUCUCCGAUUUGCCACCCCAGGAUUGCAUCGUCGAGGAGACACGUAGCAGAAGGCACAACGAAGUGA